CACAGCUUUUCUAAUUUCCGCUUUUAGUUUUGGUGUUUGUGAAUAACAAUUAACACUGUCUGAACCUGCCCAGCCAUUCUGCAAAUAAAGGAUUGCAACAAACCGUUUCUACAUGUCAGCAUGUAGGCAAUACAGAAAUAGAUGGAUAGGCUUCUCCUUGUUCAGUUGUUGGGUAACUUGUCCAAGUCUUGUUUGGAGUAAUAUUGGGAAACUACUUCCUAAGUCUGAAUUACAAACUGGAUCAGAAUAUCAGUUGAAUUCAAAUGUUGCAGUGAAAUCUGAUCAACAAUCUUUUGAUGAUUCUGUUUUCCUCACAAUAUCAAAUAGAGGAGAUGUUGAAGAAAAUGUCACAGGCGAACAAGAAUCUGCAGAACCAACAAUAACAACUUUAAACACAGUCAAGAGUACUAUUCAAGAUGAGAAUGAACCUUUGGGGUUUCCUGCACAAUUACCAACUUUUUCAAAUGAUCAACCAAAUGAACUCAUAACUCCAUCAAUUAAUGUUUCAACCGCCUCAUCAAACUUAUCCACUGUCAUUGAAGAUGUCAAAUCGAAACAAAGAAAAAUUUCAAAUCCACUUGCACAACCUGAAGUUUCAUUUACAGAUGCUAAAGAAACUGAACUGUAUUCAAAAUUAACAGUUACCAAUGAAAUUCCAAUAACAUGUAAAAGAAACCAUGCAUUUCUGUAUAAAAAUAAAUUGGGAUCAGGGAGGAAAGGGAAAUGUAUAAAAUUUGCCAAUGAAUGGUACACCCCAUCUGAGUUUGAAAUAUUCAGUGGUUUGGAAAUGUCUAAAGAUUGGAAAAGAAGUUUGAGAUAUGGAGGAAGAUCUCUUCUGAAUUUAGUUAAUCGUGGAUAUCUUCGGCCUCAUGCGGCAACAUGUACUUGUGGUAUUUGCAGUGAAGAUCCAUCAUUGACAGGGCCUGUACUUUACUACACUCCAAAAAUUCGAAGAAAACGUAGUGCAACUGCAUCAUUGUCUACUGGAUCUUUGUCUGUGGAGCAUGAUAGUUUUCGACCGAGUACUGCACCACCAAUAAAGCAAUUUUCACAACCAUUUGCGAUUCCGAAUCCAAGACUAACUUUUGAAAAUGAAAAAGAUCUACCUUCUCAACUACCAGCUGAUAUUGUUGAUGUUUUGAAAUCGACAAAUCUGCCUCUCACGAAAGAAACGAGGCGUUUAUUUCAAGCACUAGCUGAGAAUGAACAAAAAGACAGAAAGAUUUGGUCAAAACUGGAGAAAAAAGCCGAAUCCAUGAUGGAAAAGUUUGAACAAUUGCAGCAAAGUAUUUUUAAUGCUAAGAAAGAAUCAGAAGAUAGGAGAGAUAAGAUUCUAAAAGAAAUGUACAUUGUUCUCACAGAUCAGAAUGUUAGUCAUUAUGUUCCGAAUCACUCCACAUCCCAUCUUGUGAAGACCUUGGAUGCAGAAAAAAAAUUUUGUGAAGAUAUCCAUGAAGAAGAAGAUGACGAAGUACCUGAAAUAUGUGGUGCCUGUGGGAAUCCAGCAAAUAGUGAAUGCACUGGAUGUAGAAAAGCAACAUACUGUUCUACGGAAUGUCAAGAAAUGGAUUGGAACCGGGGACACAGAGAUGUAUGCAGAAGCCUUGCAAAUCAAGAUUCGAAUAGCAGCACUAACACUGAGAUACAGAUGUGAAUAAAUAAUGUUAUCUUGGUACAAUGAAAGUCAAGGGAGUGUUGAGUCGACUCCAGAAUGUGCUAAAAUUUUAAUCACUCAAAUGACUCUCUGUUCGAUCAAAAACUGAAUUUUUGUGCAAAAACAACGAAUUUAUUUUAAAAAGACAGGUCUUUCAUCACAAUAAUAUUAUACAAUAACUUUUCCCUCGAUGAAUAGUUACAAUCAGCUUAGCAUUCAAUUAGCCAUUUGUAAUGAAGUGACGUUUUUUUCUUAUAGAAAUAGUCAUGUACGAAUCCCAGUAAUAGAUACCAAAGGCUUUGUUAUAUUUGCUGUAAUCUUAAUUUGUUAUAUCUGGAUUCUCAUCUCAAUCAUGUUGUAAUAAAUUGCAUUACACUUUGCAGAUAAAGA